UGCGCAGCACACUGAAAGCAUCAAGACAAGCGACACGCGUGUUUUAUUUCGACUUUUUCAGCGUGUCUUGUAGUUUUUAAAAGUCAAAAUACUAUAGGAGUAGGACACGUUUUUCCGCACUCAUUUUGUCCAUAGAAAUAUUCCCGUUGGUUCGGGUUUAAUUUAACAUUACAGGUUUAACAGUUACCCUCCCUCUCGACCAUCGGAGGAAUACAUUGAAAAGCCAACAGAAAUGAAUGGACCUGACCUAGCGAAGAUGCCAGUGGGUGGGGCUCCAGGAACUGAGGGAAAGGACUCUGUAGCCAAUGGGCACACAGAAAAUGAAUCCAACCCUUUUGCAGAAUAUAUGUGGAUGGAGAAUGAAGAGGAGUACAAUCGGCAGGUGGAGGAGGAAUUGCUUGAACAAGAGUUUUUGGAGCGCUGUUUCCAGGAGAUGUUGGAUGAGGAAGAUCAGGAUUGGUUUAUUCCUGAAAGGGACCUUCCCUCUGUGGGACAAAUACAACAACAGCUCAAUGGACUUUCUGUCAGCAACGGCAAUGGAGACGAAAUCUUGCGGAAGAGCAUCUUAAACCCCGAGGCCAAGGAGUUUGUGCCAGGGGUGAAAUACUGAGGAUCAUUAUUCUCAUCUGCAUCAUUCUUCACCCUCGCACCCGCAUACAUUUGACCAUAUACUCAUAGACUGUUGUGGCCAUAUUUAGUGGUCACAUAAAUGCACUCUUUACACACUUUUGAAGGGGCAGGAGUACAAAUGUGGAUAAUGUAUCGGGUGGGAGGGAAGUGACGGGUGAUUGUCUAUAAGCUUUAUAUUUCUGUUGUGUACAAACCAAGGGUAUUAAGUUGAAACACUGCCUCUAGGAGGUGCUAUCACAAGCUGAUAUCAUUGCAAAGCUGUUUAUUUUCCUCUACCCUUACUGAAAGGGCUGUUUUUGUCAGCUUGUUUCACAGUGUGUGCCUGAUCAGGUCUUUGCGUUCCUUCCCAUUUUGUUUUUGGUUUUUUAUUGGUCUUUUGUAGAGGGAGGUUUUGAUAUCUUGUAUCUAUGUUCACAUUUCUUGGUUACAAGGGGUGUGGCCAUACUUGAUUGGAGCGACUGUGGGCGGGGCCUCUUGUGUUGGAUGCUGAGGAAAGGGGAAUUCACAUGAAUUCAGUUUUUUGAUUUUGAAUUGAAAAAGUUACGUGCAGGACUGAAUUUCAUUUAAAAACGGAAGGAAAAAGGCAAAUAAAGAUUAAAAGUUCU